GGGAAAGGGAUUUUAGUUGAUGGAUGACUAACUCACUACACUGAACUGAACUGAAUCUGUUCUAUACCUGCAAAGGAACAAACUCAGAAAAUAAAUUGAAGACGGCCAUGCUGUAACUUCUAAACAUGGUUUGCUUCUCAGAUUUACCUAAACUAAGACAGGUUUGCUUUAAGAAAUAGUGCUCCCUUCAGAACGGAAGAAUUUAUCUGCCUCUCAUUUGAUAGGGAUCAGAGCUACAAUGGCUAACUAAAUAAACAUGGGGGACUGGAAUCUCCUUGGAGAUACUCUGGAAGAAGUUCACAUCCACUCCACUAUGAUUGGAAAGAUCUGGCUCACCGUCCUGUUCAUCUUUCGAAUGCUUGUUCUGGGUGUAGCAGCUGAAGAUGUCUGGAAUGAUGAGCAGUCUGGCUUCAUCUGCAAUACAGAACAACCAGGCUGCAGAAAUGUCUGCUAUGACCAGGCCUUUCCUAUCUCCCUCAUUAGAUACUGGGUUCUGCAGGUGAUACUUGUGUCUUCACCAUCUCUGGUAUACAUGGGCCAUGCAUUGUACCGACUGAGAGUUCUAGAGAAGGAGAGGCAAAGGAUGAAAGCUCAGUUAAGAGUAGAACUGGAGGAGGUGGAGUUUGAAAUGCCUAGGGAUCGGAGAAGAUUGGAGCAAGAGCUUUGUCAGCUGGAGAAAAGGAAACUAAAUAAAGCUCCGCUCAGAGGAACCUUGCUUUGCACUUACGUGAUACACAUUUUCACUCGCUCUGUGGUUGAGGUUGGGUUCAUGAUUGGACAGUACCUUUUAUAUGGAUUUCACUUAGAGCCUCUAUUUAAGUGCCAUGGCCACCCGUGUCCAAAUAUAAUCGAUUGUUUUGUCUCAAGACCAACAGAAAAGACAAUAUUCCUAUUAUUUAUGCAAUCUAUAGCCACUAUUUCACUUUUCUUAAACGUUCUAGAAAUUUUCCACCUAGGUUUUAAAAAGAUUAAAAGAGGGCUUUCGGGAAAAUACAAGUUGAAGAAGGAACAUAAUGAAUUCUAUGCAAACAAGGCAAAAGAAAAUGUAGCCAAAUAUCAGAGCACGUCUGCAAAUUCACUGAAGCGACUCCCUUCUGCCCCUGAUCAUGAUCUGUUAGUGGAAAAGCAAACACACGCUGCAGUGUACCCUCGUUUUAAUUCAUCUUCUGUGUUUCAGCCAAAUCCUGACAAUCACAGUGUAAAUCAUGAGAAAUGCAUUUUGGAUGAACAGGAAACUAUACUUUCUAAUGAGAUUUGCACACUUAGUACUAGCUGUAGUCAUUUUCAACACAUCAGCUCAAAUAAUAACAAAGACACUGAUAAAAGAUUUGGAAAAGUUGUUAAUGGUAACCAGCUAAGGGAAAAAAGAGAAACCGAAGGCAAAGACAGCAAAAGGAGCCACCACUCUAGAGGUCACUGUUCUAUUCCAGGUGUUGCUAUAGAUGGAGAGAACUACAGGAGGCAGUCACCCCAAACAGCUUUUUCCUUGCCAGCUAACUGCGACCGGAAACCCCGGUGGCUUAGGGCUACAUGGGCUUUUUCUACAGAAGAUGAAAACCGGGGGUCACCUCCUAAAGGUAACCUCAAAGGCCAGUUCAGAGAGGGCACAGUCAGAACCCUUUCUCCUUCACAAGGAGAGUCUCAAUCAACUGACAUUCCAAAUAUUGCUGAUGCUUUGGGAGAGCUGUCCUUUGAGCCAGGGUUGGUCAGAACCUGUAAUAAUCCUACUGUUUGUCCUCCAAAUCACGUAGUGUCCCUAAGGAACAAUCUCAUUAGUAGGCGGGUUCCCACAGAUCUUCAGAUCUGAACAGCAGUUGGCUUUUAGACAUUUUAUAUAUUAUCAGAGAAUUAGCCUAGUGGUGGCAGACAAAAUAGAUAAGGGCCGCUCUAAAAACCAGCUGUUAAGAGAGACAACUGCAAACUCAUUUCAGCAAGGGAGAAACAGCUGGUUUUAGAUCGUGACGAAACAGUUCUAAAUUCAAAGACAUAAAGCUGCCAGAUCCGGAUUUUUUAAUGAUGUCCUUUCGAAUGUGUGUAACUGAUUUUGGGAAAAUCAUAUGUUCAGAAUUGAGGCUAAAUGGUUUGAUCAGGUUUUCUCUUUGAAGAGACCACAGCCUUAGGAAAUGGCUCUUGAGCUAUAUAAUUCCACCUUUUAGUUAUGAAUCCUUUAUCUUUGAACACUGGGUUAAUUUUGUUUGCCCUCAGAACACAAUCAUGUAGUUUCCUUCUAGAUCGGAUCCUGAUGUAUCUUGAGUAUAAUCAUAUGUUGCUACCUAGUAAAUAAAAUCUUUAAAAGA